AUGUCUAAUCCAAUAGCAGAUACAGCGGAAUAUUUUGCACAAUGGGGACAUCAUAGUCAAAGUAAUACUCAUCAAGAUGAUGUCAAUAUUGUUAGAGAUCACUUGAAUCGUCAUACUUAUUAUGGUGAUUCGAGCAAGCCAUCUUCAUCUCAAUGGUUUAAGGUUCUCAAUCGACUCUCAUCCUUAAACCCCUUGGAACAACGACAAAGGACAAAAACUUAUUCAGUAGAUGAUGAUGAUCAUUCUUCUGUCAUCAAUCGAGAUACGUUUGAAUUAUUACGCAGUGUAGAGACAGCAAGAUAUCAGCAGCAGCAGCAGCAGCAGGCUACAGUGGUUGGACAUCACGGAAGAUAUGAUCUGGAUAACUAUCAUGAGGAAGAGAAUCAUCAUAGAGUCAUUAUAGAGGAUGAGACUGAAAAGCUUCCUUCAGCUUAUGAACUCGAAAAUGAUCAUAUAAAUCCAUUAAGCGAGGAUUCAGGCCUUCAGGAAGAGAGUCAUUAUUUUACACAUCCUUUCUUCUCUCCUUAUGAUACUAAACUUCCUCAACAUCCCUUACCUAUUCAAUCAUCUUCAACACAGAGAGGAAGACAUCAGGAUGUGUUGAUUCGAGAGGAUACUACAACUUCAGCCAAUUACCUUGUUAUCAAGGACAAAUGGGAUCGAACAUUAGAUAAAAUUAAGUUUAUUGCUAAUUUACAGUCUUCUUCCAAUCAUCAUCAUCUGUCGUUUUCUUAUUUAAACUCAGGCCCUUCACAUACAUUAGCUACCUAUUAUCCUCCUGCUUUUGAUCCAAUCUUUGCUGCAUUUGCUAAAGAUGAAUACGGAAGAAAUUUAGUUACUGUGACAGAUUUAGAAUAUCUUCACUCUAAUAGUCAAUGGAUAUUUCGUGUGGAAUUACAGUAUGGUGAUAUUAAAUGGGUGAUUCGACGUGGUAUUUCAGAUUUUAUGGCUUUACACAUUAAGCUUAAAGUAAAAUCCAAUUUAUAUGAUUAUGUACCUGAUCCACCUACUUUUCCGAAUCAAUUAUCUAAUCUACUCGAUUCUGCAAAAUCAACGAUUGGUAUAUAUACUUUCUCCAACCAUGAUAAUAACGUGUGUGAAAGAACAAGUUCAUUACCACCUCACUAUCCUAAUAAUAGUCAUCAUCAUAAAACAACAAUUGCUAACAAUAAAGCAGCAUUUCAUCGUCGUAUGGCCUUAACUCAAUACCUUCGUUCUUUACUUCUUCGUGCUCAUGUCACUGUGAGUUAUGAUAUCUGUGAAUUUUUAGAAUUAUCAGCCAUUAGUAUGGUUCAAGAUAUGGGCUGGAAAGGAAAGGAAGGAUAUAUGCGUAAUAGAAUAAAUUAUGUUUCACCUCGUUGCUGUCAAAUUUGGAAAUCACAUCGAUGGAGUACAGAGUGGAUUAUACUAAGAGAUUCAUAUAUAGCGUUUUGUAAAGAUACAGCAUCUACUUCGCCUACAGAUGUACUCUUAUUUGAUAAAGGAUUUAAAAUUGAUAUCCAAGAACCUCGAGUUUAUUUAGGAAGUUAUCAUAUUUCGAUCAGUAAUGAAUCUCGAAAGAUUGAAAUUAAAGGUACUAAACGUGAAGUGGAUCAAUGGCUUGAAAGUAUAGAGAAGGUAGAAAAGGAAAGCCCAUGGGUAAGGAAUCAUCGUUUUAACUCCUUUGCUCCUGUACGUAAACAUGCCAAAGUAAAAUGGUUUAUUGAUGCUGAAAAUCAUUUUAAUGCCGUUGCAGAAGCCAUUUUGUCUGCUAAAUUAGAAAUAUACAUUGCUGAUUGGUGGUUAACCCCAGAAUUAUAUCUAAGAAGACCACCAGAAGAAAAUGAAGAUUUUAGACUUGAUAGACUUUUACAACGAAAAGCUGUAGAAGGUGUAAAGAUUUAUAUUAUUGUCUAUAAAGAAAUGUCUGUUGCAUUGACUAUCAAUUCUGCACAUACAAAACAAUGGCUUCAAAACCUUCAUCCAAAUAUUAUAGUACAACGUCAUCCUGAUCAUACAUUUUCUAAUGAUAAUACAGUUCUUUUUUGGUCACAUCAUGAGAAAAUAGUUGUGGUCGACAAUAGAUUAGCAUUUAUUGGAGGGCUUGAUUUAUGUUUUGGUCGAUAUGAUACACAUAAUCAUCCACUGUCAGAUUAUCCUUCAGAAGGACAUGAUCAUGAAGUUUUUCCUGGACAAGAUUAUUCCAAUCCUCGAGUAAAAGAUUUUAUUAAUGUAGUUCAGCAGUUUCAUAAAACAUUAGUGGAUAGACAUGUAACGCCUAGAAUGCCAUGGCAUGAUGUUACUUUGGGUGUUGUUGGGCCUAUUGCUCGAGAUAUUGCUCGCCAUUUCAUACAGAGAUGGAAUUUCUUGAAAUCUAUGAAAAGUAUGCAUCGUCGCAAAUUACCUUUUUUGAUGCCAAAGGGGGAACAUGUGGCUGCUCGAGAUGAAAAUAACUUUUCAGGCACAUGCCGUGUACAAUUGCUUAGAAGCUCUUCAAAAUGGAGCUCCGGUAUUGAUCGUGAACAUUCCAUCUAUAAUGCUUAUAUGGAAUGUAUCGCUCAUUCUCAACAUUACAUUUAUAUUGAAAAUCAAUUCUUUAUCAGUACAACUCAAGACGAUAAAUUAUUACGGAAUAAAAUUGCUCAAGCAUUGGUAGAAAGAAUCAAACGCGCACAUGAAAAAGCUGAAAAGUUCCGAGUUUAUGUUGUUAUACCCCUUGUUCCUGCAUUUGAAGGUGAUUUGGCGUCUACAGAUGCAUCAUCUGCCAGAACUGUCAUGCAUUUUCAAUACAUUACAAUUAGUCGAGGUAGUAACUCGAUAGUCGAAAAAUUAAAGCAGCAUGGAAUUGAUCCUGAUCAAUAUAUAUCAUGGUUUAGUUUACGAAACUAUGGGAAAAUCAAAACAUCUCCAAACUCUCAGCGAUCAGCGGAAAAUAAUAAUAAUAAUAACAGUUCUAUGUCUUCUAGUAAAAAUUCAAUACCGCCAUCUAAGAGUUCUAUCUCCCCUUUGAAAUCAGAAUCAUUAUCAUCAACAAUUCAUAUUCAUCAUCAUGAUACCAAUUCCUUUUUAGAUGAUGACAUAAACGAUCCUUUCAAAGACCAGCCAUCUUCAAUUGAUCUUUCACGUUUACAUAUCACAAACACUUCAACUUUAAGCGAUUCAUCCUCCAUCUCUUUCAGUCCACUUCAUAUAGAUAAUAAUAGAAGAGGAUCAUCCCAAAGUAAUAAUUCAAGCAGUGAUAUGACAGACGAUAACAGGAGUCAUUUUGUAACAGAAUUAUUAUAUAUUCAUGAUAAACUUAUGAUUAUUGAUGACAGGAUUGUGCUUAUGGGUUCAGCUAAUAUCAAUGAUCGCUCACAGUUGGGAAACCGUGACUCUGAAAUUGCUAUGAUUGUUGAGGAUACAGAAAUGGUCCCUUCUUUUAUGAAUGGAAAAGAGUAUAAAGCAGCCAAGUUUGCACAUACACUGCGUAUGCAAUUAUGGAAAGAGCAUUUGGGUCUAUUAAAUUUUGAAAAUUGGACACAAUUAUUACAAACAGGAGAUGAAGAAAGUCUUGUGCAAACGUUAGAUAUUUCGUCCACUUUCUUACGAAACAACGCAUCCAUGGAUCAUUUGAAACAUCAUCAAAGCACAUAUCCAACCUUAACUCGGUCCAUCAACAAUGCGCAAGAGAUUAAGACGAUUGAAGCACAGGAGCCGGUUAAGAUGUUGGAUAGAGUGAGUAGAACGUUGAGUUUCUAUGAUGCCUUUGAUAUAAAGAGACAACAACAUCCUCACUUUAUAAAAAAUCGACAUGAUGCUGCAGCUUUAGAUCCUUUAUCUGAUCAUACCUAUUAUAAAAUUUGGCUUAAACGUGCUACGUCAAACACGAUGAUCUAUCGAAAGCUAUUUCGAUGUGUGCCUGAUGAUACCAUUCAUACAUACGAACAGCAUCGUAAAUUUGUUCCUAAUCCCCUUAAAGUGAAAGCAGGACAUAUAGCAGAUCCAAACUUGAACGAAGAAGACAUUUCUAACCAAUUAGGUCAAGUUAGGGGUCAUUUAGUUCUUUUCCCAAAAGAUUAUCUCAAAGACGAAAAUUUACUUGCUGGUACUAUUAUUGAUACAGUCACUCCUUUAAUCAUUUUUACUUAG